UUUGCUAUGCGGUUUCCCAUGCGGCUAAGGUUACUCCGCAUUGAUGUUACCCCGAGCCAUGCAGACUGGUCGAUCUGGGGAUAUAUUACUACUGAUGGAGUCCCUUCCCUGGAUGUUUGUCUUCGGUUGCCCUUGAGGAACUUAAAUUGCAAAACUUGAGUUGCAAUCAUAUUGGAACGCAACACAGUGGCAGAUACAACCACCAAGCACUUCUCCCUGGUAAUUGGCGCCCGGAUAUCCAAAAUCUCAUCUUGCGUGUUUCUGUCUGGCCUUGCUUGACAGUGAGAAGAAAAUGGCGGUCAAGAAGCUCUUGUCUACAGAGCAGAUCUCUCAGCACAGUUCACCCGAUGACUGCUGGAUUGUUGUGGAUAAUCAAGUAUGGGACAUGACAGAUUUCUUAGAAGAGCAUCCAGGAGGCCCAACAGUUAUCCUGAAGCACGCGGGUCAUGAUGCUACCAAAGCAUACUCAGAGGUGCAUGCCUCGAAUUUAAUCAAGACGAAGCUGUCAGCAGAGAGGCAUAUGGGUGUUCUAGAUGAGGCCACGAUUAACGAUGAAUGGCUGAAGCCACCACCUACUGCAAGCCCGCAGAUGGUUCUCCAAAAUGAAAAGCCACCGUUGCACACCUUGAUCAACUCCCAUGAUUUCGAAGUGGUGGCAUCUUCAACGGCCAGCAAAAAGACCUGGGCGUUCUAUUCCAGCGCCUCGACUGACCUGAUAACGCGAAACGCCAACAAAUCGUGCUUUGACCGCAUCUGGCUUCGGCCACGAGUACUGAGGAAUGUGCGGUCUGUCAACACGAGAACCAAGUUCCUUGGACUUGAGACGAGCCUCCCACUAUUUGUUAGUCCGGCGGCCAUGGCCAAGCUCAUUCACCCAGACGGAGAGCUUGCCAUUGCGAGGGCCUGCGAGAGCAAAAAGGUCUUUCAGGGAGUGUCUAACAACUCAUCGUAUACUCUCGAGGAGAUUCAAGAGGCUGCGCCAUCAACGCCCCUUUUCUUCCAACUAUACGUUAACCGCGACCGGGAGAAGUCAGCUUCGCUUCUCCAUCAAUGCUCCGCCAAUCCGAACGUCAAGGGCAUCUUUGUGACCGUCGACGCUGCCUGGCCCGGUAAAAGGGAGGCGGAUGAGCGUGUCAAGGCGGACGAGGAUCUAACCGUUCCCAUGGCACCUUCGAAAGCGAAGAAUGACAAGAAGGGCGGCGGUCUCGGUCGUGUCAUGGCCGGUUUCAUUGAUCCAGGUCUGACGUGGGAGGACUUGGCAUGGGUGCGGCAGCACACUCACCUGCCCGUGUGUCUGAAAGGCGUCAUGUCUGCCGAUGAUGCUAUUCUGGCCAUGGAGGCCGGCCUUGAUGGGAUUCUUCUGAGCAAUCACGGAGGCCGGAACUUGGACACCAGCCCACCGUCCAUCAUCACUCUACUCGAACUCCACAAGCGGUGUCCGGAGAUCUUCGACAAGAUGGAAAUCUACGUUGACAGUGGCAUUCGUCGCGGAACGGAUAUUCUCAAGGCGAUCUGUCUGGGAGCAACCGCCGUGGGCAUGGGGCGGAGCAUGCUCUUCGCCGCUAAUUAUGGCCAGGACGGCGUUGAGCAUUUGAUUGAUAUCAUGAAGGAUGAGCUCGAGACAGCAAUGCGCAACGUUGGAAUUACUAGCCUGGAUGAAGCAGGCCCACAUCUCGUCAAUACAGCAGACAUCGACCAUCUCGUCCCCAAUUCUGCCUCCCACCCGUAUGCACGUAAAGUUGCAAAAGGGCGGCGCUCGAGACUAUGAAGCCACAUUUAGGUCGAGUAUGGUGCGGUCAGUGUCUUCUCGUUUUAUCGGUUCGGUGACGGUUUCCUGUGAGGCAAUAAGAGCCACUGUGAUAAUAUCUCUCAUGCGUUGACGGUCCAAAUCCCUACUAGCUACAAUAUAUCUGAUUAAACCCAUUUUGCCCUCAGCUAAGGUGUUUCAUUCGAGGUUUCUACACCGUUCAGCAAGCCUCUCAUAUGGAUCAACAUAAGCCACUCCAAGAGCCCGAGCUAACAUGGCACUUGCUAUCUUUGUACCUCAGUUUCAAGGAUUGCGCUACUAGAAACCUUGAAGACCACGCGCAUCUCGC